AUGUACGGCGCCUUUUGUGUGAUUUUCUCUCUCUCGGUGACUUUGACCAAUUCGCUUGAAUGCUACAUUGGGUAUUCCGUUUUGAAAGGUUCAACAGUGGGAGAAAAGACAAAAAUAUGUGAGAAGGAGACUGAUUCUUGUUAUAAUGCUACCGCAGAGGUCACUUCGUUCAGCACGAUACAAAAGGCCGGAUGCAACACGCUUGUGUGUCAGUUCAAUGAAGAUAAAUGUUUUGAACGCAAUAUCACCGGCAUACCAAUGACGUUCUGUUGUUGCAAAGAUAGAGACCUAUGUAAUCGUGGAGAGGAGCCAGACGAUCGCUCCUUCCUCGAUCAAGGUGCUGCCGUACUCAAAGGCAUGACCAGCUUUCUGGGAUAAUCCUUCAGUUUAAAUACACAUUCCUUGAUAAAAGUGAUAAAAUAGCUUGUUGUGUUCUUGAGAGCAUUUCACAUCUGACCAAGUACUUCACUUUAAUUAGCA